GUACGUCAUCAAACUGCGUCUAGCCGACGUCCACGCCUCUUUCCUUACAGGCCGGUACCCUCUGCCAGCUUGAGGUCGCUACCAUGUACUAUAAGUUCAGCGGGCUCACACAGAAACUGGUCGGGGCGGUCCCUACGGAGGCCUAUAAUCCCCAGGGACUAAGGCCCACAUUCUCAGAAGCACCAAUAACGAUAUUUGCUACUCCAACAAAGAUGGCUACCGACUCCGCAGCAGCAACUUACAUGGGGAACAACCGAGUGCCAGAUCUGCAGAAACUCUUUCAGAAAAGCGAUGGGCUGCCCGUCCAUUUGAAACGAGGGCUUCCUGAUCGGCUCCUGUAUCGGACCACAAUGGCACUGACACUGGGAGGGACGAUCUACUGCCUUAUUGCUCUCUACAUGGCCGCACUUCCCAAAAACAAGAAGCAAUGACCAUAGUGAGGCUCACGGCAAGACUUUAAUCCUGCACAUUGAACAUCAGCAGCUUCUAUAUUUAUUUUUAAUUCCAUGUAAUACAUUUUAUUUUCUUUAGAUAAAAGAUUUCUAAUUGGC